AUGAUUACUAAGCAACUAGCUGACCUUACAAAGCAAAUGGAGAAGAACGAAGUUGCAGCAGUCACCACACAAUCAUCAACCCAAGAAGGAGUAAACACAGAGGAAGGAGGUGAAUGGGAGCAAGCCAACUAUGUUGGUAAUUCACCAAGGCAAAAUCAUGAUCCAUACUCCAAAACUUACAAUCCAGAAUGGAAGAACCACCCCAACUUUGGGUGGGAAAACCAACAGGACCAAGGCCAAGAUCAGAGACGUCAAAAUCACAAUCCUAACAACCAUGCUGUCCACCAACAUUCAUCACAAAGAUCAUAUCAACAACCACCUAACCACACUCCUCAACACCCAUAUCAAAACCAGCAUGAUCACCCUCACUCUUAUAACCCAAACCCACCAUCAUACUCUGAGGAUAGACUCUCUAGAAUUGAAACCUUACUUGAAGGUUUAUGCAAGGAAGUCCAGGACAACAAAGCAUUCAAGGAUGAGGUGCGAACCAACAUCAAGAACCAAGGAGAAACCAUUGAAAGGUUAGAAUCCCAAGUAGGGUAUCUAUCCCAGCAAAUUCCUAAGUCCACUGAUAGCUUCCCAAGUGACACAGAGAAGAACCCCAAAGGAGAAGCUAAGAAAUUAAGAUGGGAAGAGUGCAAGGUAAUCACCACUAGUGAUGAAGUGAGUGUGGGGGAAGCAGUCACACAAGCAAAAUAUCUUCAAGACAAUCCAGAAGAUAAGCAUGAGGAGAGAAAUCAGGAAUCCAACCCUCCACAGAAGGAGAAAGAAGAGGGUCUGAACCCAUAUGCACCCUUUCCCCAAAGACUAAAAGGUGGUGAAGCAAGAAGAAUAUACUCAAGGUUCCUUGAUAUGUUUACAUCUCUUCAUGUAAACAUACCAUUCAUUAAAGCUCUCCAACAGAUGCCCUUAUACAUUAAGUACAUAAAAGAGCUUCUGACCAGGAAGAGUUCAUUGAAAGGUGGGCAAACAAUACUGAUGAAUAAGGAGUGCAGUGCUCUCAUUCAACCACAGCUACCUAUAAAAAGAAAAGACCCAGGGAGCUUCCACAUCCCUUGUGCUAUAGGCGAAAUAAAAAUUGACAAAGGGCUUUGUGACUUGGGAGCAAGCAUCAACUUAAUGCCCCUCUCCCUCAUGAAGAAGCUCCAAAUCAAUGAACUAACUCCUACUGAUGUAAUUAUCAUAUUGGCUGAAAAAACUCAAAAACAGGCAAUAGGAGUAGUUGAAAAUGUGCUGGUGAAGGUUGGGAGCUACUAUCUCCCGACAGACUUUGUUAUCCUAGAGAUGGAAGAAAGUCAUCUCCAUCCAAUCAUCUUAGGGAGGCCAUUCUUAGCCACUGUUAGGGCACUUAUAGAUGUGGAAUGGGGAGAGCUAAUCUUAAGGAUACGUGAUGAACAACUCACCUUCAAUGUCUUCAAAUCAUGGCAAGAAGCAAGUCAAGAAAACAAAGAAUCAAGAGAAAAGCAUAAUGAAGCAUUGAGGCAAGAAACAAGCAGUGAAGCACAAACAACACAAUUGAAAACCCCAUUGGUUGGAAAGCCAUAUAUUCAGGAAGAACCACAUUCAAAGGUAACUCAAAGGGAGCUGAGCCCACCAGAGUCAUGCAAAGCUAGUAACAAGGAUCCCUUAGAGAAAGAAUCUAUAGAAAGCAAGACAGCAUCAAGAGAAACAAUGAGGAAAGUACCCAGAAGAUGGAGAAACAAGAAAAUCCCUACAGAGGAUUUCUCCCCAGGAGAUGAAGUGAUUUCUGCUCACUAUCCAACCAUCCCACCUCAUCUUCUUACCAUCCCAUCUCAGCUACCUCAAGUAUACAUCAUCAACAAAGUAUUAUCCUUGGAACAUGUGGAGCUUCUCAAUAAAGCCACUGGAGACAAACACACUGCAAGAGGGGAGGACUUGAAGCACCACCAACCACCCUGA